AUGAGGAGCUUAUUCUUUCUUCUCCUCGCGCUGCUGCUCAUCGCACAGCCGUUCGCGAAGCAAGCUUCGUUCCUUUCGCGAGCUCACGAGGUUGACGACGAGAGUUACUCGGUCGGCGACGAUGAAGAGCCCUUAGAAGCCGACGACUCCGAAAUCCCCGAAGGCGACGACGGCGACGUUGUCGCAUUGACGGAUGCGACAUUCCCACAAGCUCUUAAAGACAAUAAGCAUGUAUUGGUUGAAUUUUAUGCCCCCUGGUGCGGCCACUGCAAGUCCCUCGCUCCAGAGUAUAAGAGCGCAGCGGCGAUUUUGAAGGAGUUUGGAGUGGUUCUGGCGAAAGUGGAUGCGACCAAGUAUGCGGAUAUCAGCGAGAAAUACAACGUGGAGGGUUUUCCUACCAUUGUGUUCAUCACUGACGGCGAGUCGAAGCCGUUCAAUGGCGGACGGACAAGCGCUGAAAUCGUCUCAUGGGUGAAGAAGAAGAUCGGCAUGGGAGUGGCCACCUUCACUGCAGCCGACGUCGCCAAAGCGGCUCCUCUCAUCGAGUCCUCCGCUGCGGUUACCGUUGGCUUUUUCGCUUCUUCCGAUGCACCCGAGGCUGUUGCGUUCAGCGAAGCAGCCAAGGAGACUGACGGCGUGGAGUUUGUGCUGACCACUGACGCCGACGUCGCUGCUGCGUUCGGCCUGACCAAGGACAAGAAGCCCGCCGUCGCGAGUGUUAAGAAGGAAGAGGAGAAAUUCGUCAUUUUCGACGACGAGUACACCAAGGAGGCCAUUGCAGCGUUCGUGACGGCCAACAAGCUGCCGCUGCUCAUCACCUUCUCAGAGGAGACCUCGGCCAGCAUCUUCGCUGGGGACAUCAAGAAGCAGGUGAUGCUAUUCGCCCCGCAUGAGGAGUACCUCAAGAUCGAGCCAGCCGUGGCGGCAGCAGCGAAGCAGUUCAAGGGCGAGCUGGUGUUUGUGUUCAUCAACGGGUCCGACUCGGAGUCGCAGCCAGUGCACGAGUAUUUCGGCACGGACCCCAAGGAGACCUCGGUCAUGGGCUUCUUUAUGGGAGAUGAGGAGGACCCCGCGUCAACAGCUGGGGGGCUCAAGUACCGCAUGAAGGAGGCGAUCACUGAGGCCAGCAUUAAGGCAUUCGCCAAGAGCUUCAUUGAUGGGGAUCUGAAGCCCUUCUACAAGUCCGAGCCUGCUCCAGAGAAGAACGACGGCCCUGUGACUGUGGUGGUGGGCGACACUUUUGAGAAGAUUGUGCUAGAUGAGUCCAAGGACGUGUUGCUGGAGGUGUACGCCCCCUGGUGCGGGCACUGCAAGUCCCUUGAGCCCACCUACAAGAAGCUGGGGAAGCGAUUCGCGUCGGUGGACUCUGUUGUGAUCGCCAAGAUGGAUGGCACUGCAAAUGAGUACCCUGGGCUCGAGGUUGAGGGUUUCCCAACCAUCUUCUUCUAUCCGGCAAACAAGAAAUCCGACCCUGUGAAAGUGCAAGCCACGAAGCUGAAGCAGUUUAUCAAGGUGAUUGUUGAGAACGCUGCAAUCAAAUUUGAACUGCCUGCCAAGGAGAAGGAUUCAGCAGCAGCAGAGGCUGAGGGGGCUGCAGAGGCAGCAGGGGAAGAAGUGAAGGAUGAGCUAUGA